GAUUUGGCUGAUCUGCACCCCAGCUUUGCAACAUGACUGGAAUCACCGAUGGGUCGGAGGGGUUGACGAGCUACUACCGCCAGAAGAUCGAGCACUUGGAGCUCACCGUGCGUGACAAGACGAUGAACCUGCGCCGCCUUCAAGCGCAGCGCAACGAGCUCAAUUCCAAAGUGCGCUUGCUUCGCGAAGAGUUGCAACUGCUGCAAGAACCCGGGUCGUAUGUGGGGGAAGUGGUCAAGCAAAUGGGCAAGUCAAAGGUGCUCGUGAAAGUGAACCCCGAAGGCAAGUACGUGGUCGACGUGGACAAAACGAUCGAUAUCACCAAGUGCACACCCAACACCCGCGUGGCGCUCCGCAACGACAGCUACGUGCUGCAUAAGAUCCUUCCCACCAAGGUGGACCCGCUCGUGAGCUUGAUGAAGGUCGAAAAAGUGCCCGAUUCGACGUACGACAUGAUCGGCGGGUUGGACAAGCAGAUCCGCGAAAUCAAGGAAGUGAUCGAGUUGCCCAUCAAGCACCCCGAGCUCUUCGACGCGUUGGGUGUCGCCCAGCCCAAGGGCGUGCUUCUCUACGGCCCUCCCGGCACGGGCAAGACGCUUCUGGCGCGCGCCGUGGCGCAUCACACGGACUGUACGUUCAUCCGCGUAUCCGGUGCGGAAUUGGUGCAAAAGUACAUUGGCGAAGGCUCCCGCAUGGUGCGCGAGCUGUUUGUGAUGGCUCGUGAAGCGUCGCCGUCGAUUAUCUUUAUGGACGAAAUCGAUUCCAUCGGCAGUUCGCGCAUGGAAGGCGGCGGUGACUCGGAAGUCCAGCGCACGAUGCUGGAGCUGCUCAAUCAACUGGAUGGGUUCGAACCGGCACAGAACAUCAAGGUGGUGAUGGCCACGAACCGCAUCGACAUUUUAGACGCCGCGCUGUUGCGACCGGGUCGCAUCGAUCGCAAAAUCGAAUUCCCCCACCCCACGGAAGCGUCGCGCAUGGAUAUCAUGCGUAUCCACUCGCGGCGUAUGAACUUGUUGCGCGGGAUCAACUUGAAGGUGAUUGCCGAAAAGAUGCCGACGGCGUCCGGCGCCGAGUGCAAGGCGGUAUGCACGGAAGCAGGUAUGUUUGCGCUCCGAGAACGCCGCGUCCACGUCACACAAGAAGACUUUGAGAUGGCCGUGUCCAAGGUGAUGAAGAAAGACUCGGAGCAAAACAUGUCGAUCAACAAGUUGUGGAAGUAAGCACGUCGUCGUCCUCGCCCGUCGCCAACACAACCAAACACGCCGAAACAACUAUUGACAAUCGACAUUUGCUAACCCCCCAUGUUUCGUGUGUUAUUUUGCCUUGAGGAUUACAGUAGUAGCCUUAAAUACAUAUGCAUAUUGCACCCACAUAAGCACUAACUGGCCUUGGGCACCAUGGCGGCCCCCCCCCCCCCGCCGUCUUGGUCGGGUGGGG